AUGGCUCUCAUUGGAUGUAUUCAUAUCGCACCCCACGUCACCACAUAUGCAAACCUCUCUAUUUGGGCAUCGACUUGGGCUUUGAUGUGGCUGUGCUUAGAGGCCUACCUGGGCGGCUUCCGCAAGCCUUUCGGCUUUUUCCAUUCUUCCUUGCUCUUGCUCUCAACUUCCGAUUCUUCAAAUACCGAUGUCAGCGCUGGUGCGAUGUUUCGCCCAAUCCCUGUUCCGAUCAAUUAUUCCGACUCGCUCACUCAGUCGUCUCGUUCUCAGUCUUCCCUAUACCCCCCAAGCAGGAACCUGGCCGGGAGGAGACCAAUUGUUGCGAAGACUGUCGAGACUAACGUGUGCAAGCAGUCCCAGACCAGCAAGUCUGAGACCGAGGAGCGUGUCGGCAAGCUGAAGGGUCCCCUUAAGCCCGAACAGCGUAAGAAAGACAGCGAAAUUCGGAAGUUGCGUGCCUGCUUGCGCUGCAAGUUCCUCAAGAUGAAUUGUGACAAGGGAGAGCCUUGCGCUGGCUGCCAACCGUUGCACGCUCGGUUAUGGCAGGUACCUUUCACUCGCAUUGACAUUAAGGAGAUUGCGUAUUUCAUGAAGGAUUGGAAGGCCGACUACAAGCGACACAUCGCGAUGGGUUUCUCUCUCGGCAAUAUCAAGGGGUUCUCCGAUCAGGAACGUACUCUGUUUACCACGCACGGUUACGGUCAGCUGCUGCCCAUACAAAAAGACAUUCGAAGGGUUGAGCAUAUCUUUCCACGCGACAAAUCAAAACGAGCCUUUCCUUCGAAGAGGACGAUUUCUGCGGACGCAUCCGGUGAACUCGAGCACAAAAAGCGAAAAUUGUACUGUUUAUCAAUUUAUCAGCGCAGAUAUAAGAGGCCUCAGGCUGCCCUCCCUAACUCGCCCAAUGCUACCGACAUGCAGAACCGUCGAUCUCCGAAAUCCAUGAACCUGAACGGCGGUCAGAUACCACUCGAUAUGGCGGCUGCAUUACUCUCCGGGCCGAAUAAUGCACCCAAAAUGCGGUCUAAGAGUGAAUGGGGCUCCAAAUGCCACCCGCCUCUCGCGUAA